AACCAUGAUCAAAGCACUCGCACUACUCACACUGUCAGCAUCUACGCUCGCCACCCCACUCUACACUCAAGAGCUCGCCCCUAUUCACGGAGAGCCACACGUCGAGGGUUCAACGGACCCUCGCGUGCACAACUCCUACAUCGUCGUACUCAAGGAUGGCGUAGAAGCUGACUCGCACCACACCUUCACCCGCAACACUCUCAAAAAGCGUUCUGGAGGCGGACGUUUCGGUCACGUGUACAACCUUGACAACGAAGGUGACAGCAUUUUCAAUGGCUACUCAGUACACGACGUCGAUGAGGACGUUAUCGAUAUGAUCAGAGCAAGGCCAGAAGUUGCCCACAUUGAACGUGAUUCAAUUGUGACGACACAGGAGACCUACCACGGUUUAGAUGAUGUAGUCGACGCACUCGACGUAGAUGAUACAAUCACCCAAAAGAAUGCCCCUUGGGGUCUCGCCCGUAUUUCACACCACGAUCCACUUAGUCUCAGUACUUUCAACAAGUAUGUCUACGACCCACACGGUGGUGAAGGCGUAAACGUCUAUGUCGUAGACACUGGUAUCAAUACUAAGCAUGUCGAAUUCGAAGGCAGAGCCUUUUGGGGUAAAACAAUUCCAUUGAAUGACGUUGAUGAGGAUGGUAACGGUCACGGCUCCCACUGCGCUGGUACCAUCGCAUCACGCAAAUACGGUGUCGCAAAGAAGGCGCACGUAUAUGCCGUCAAGGUCUUAGGUUCUAAUGGUUCCGGUACCAUGUCUGACGUCGUUAGUGGUGUUCUUUGGGCAGCUGAAGAUGCCAAGAGAAAGCAAAAAGCGGCAGCUGAGGAAUUACGCACUACUGGAAAGACAUCACACAAGGGUUCAGUUGCUAAUAUGUCCCUUGGCGGUGGCAAGUCACCAUCACUCGACAGAGCAGUCAACAAGGCAGUAGAAUCAGGUUUGUCAUUCGCAGUCGCAGCUGGUAAUGAUGACAGAGACGCUUGUGACUACUCCCCAGCAUCUGCUGAGAAGGCCGUUACUGUUGGUGCCUCUACACUCUGGGAUGAACGUGCAUAUUUCUCAAAUGUUGGCGAAUGUGUUGACAUCUUUGCACCAGGCUUGAACAUUCUUUCAACAUGGAACAGCGGUCCACACUCAAUCAACACUAUCUCUGGUACCUCAAUGGCAUCUCCACACACCGCUGGUGCUUUGGCAUACUUACUCUCACUCCAUUCACACGAAUCACACAAGUCAUUCGCUGAAAACUUUUACAACACUGCUCUUAACACGGUCUUUGAAACAAUUGGUGGUGUCCUCCCUGGAUGGAUCGAUCUUUUCAAACCAAGUGCACCAGUUCCAGCACCAGAACCAAUCUCACCUGCAUUCUUGAAGCAAUCAUUGCUCUCUUUAGCCGGUAGAGGAUAUCUUAAUGACCUCGAACAGGGUUCACCAAACCUUUUGUUGUUCAACAAUGCUACAAAGGCAUAAGCUGGCGUGUAUAACGUGUAUGAUUAAAAUCAUUUCAUUGUAAUAUAAUUUUAUGAAAGGUAUUCUAAAUGAGCUC